AUGGCCAACGAUGAAGGCAAUUGGGGACCCGCUAUCCUCGCCCUCACCAUCGCUUUCCUCGUAGUCGUCCUGAUUUCCCUCUUCCUUCGUAUUCUUACCCGCGUCUGGAUCGUGCAUCAAUUUUGGUACGAUGAUGUUGCUAUCUGCCUGGCGGUUCUCGGAACCACUAUAGGCGCAGGGCUCGAUUUCAAGGAAGUCAACUACGGCUUUGGCAAACACCAGCAAUUCCUCUCCCCCCACAACUUGCAAGAGUUUAGGAAAUACACCUACGGGGAGUGGAUUCAGACAUUUGCUACUCUUAUGUGGACUAAAGUGUCCAUCUGUCUAUUUUUGAUGCGACUACCCAACAGCAGAGCGCUGCUGUUACCGCUACAAUGUGCCGUGGCGUUUCUACUCUUCUCGAAUACUAUUUUGACCGUUGUAUGGAUCAUGCAGUGCCAACCGAUCCACGCGGCAUGGGAUAACAGGGGCACUUGUAUGAGCAGGGAGGCAAAAGAAAGCAUCAUACUUGCUCAAGCGGUCAUAUCGGUUAUCUCCGAUUUUGCUUUUGCAGCCUUCCCGAUAUUAUUUCUUUGGCGGGUACAGAUUGAUCUCAGGACUAAGAUCGGUUUAUGGGUUUUGAUGUGUCUGGGAUUCAUCACAGGAGCUUGUUGCCUUGUCCGGACAGUGCUCAACAGUCAAUCCGUACCCCUCGACGGCACAUACAACGGCAUCAUCAAUUGGCUAUGGCGGCUAUUCGAGGUGCAAAUUGGGAUCAUUGCUGCUUGUAUACCGACCCUACGACCCUUGUACCUGUGGGUAAUGAGACGCGUAGGGGGUGACACGCAAGGGCUGGACACGAACAUCAAAUUUCCGCUCACCAACGAUCCAAAAUCGUGGGUCGAGAACGUUGGUGAGGGAACAGAAAAUGGCAGUGAUACUGCCAUGAAUGACCUCGACCACGACCACGACCAUGACCACAUCCAUGGUCAUGGACAUCAACGCAAGGAUACCAUGACGGAUGAUCUAAUCCGGGAAGGAAUUCUUGUCUCGAAGCCCAUGAAUACAAGUGUAAGAAUGGACUCCGCGCAUUCUGAGGAAGCCAGCGAGGAUCCUCGAUUGGAGAACGAAAUGCAAAAAUACGGGAUCGAUGACUCGUUCGUCUGA